AUGCUAUCAGAGGCUAUUUGUUGGAUUCUUUCCAAUAACUACUCGAUACCCUACCUAAUCCACUUGCUAGACGAUUUCCUGAUCAUCUCUCCGCCUGAAUCCAUCCCAGCCGCACAUCUUCUCACAGUCCAAAAAGUCUUCAGCGAGCUCGGGAUUCCAAUCGCCCAAGAAAAAACCAUGGGUCCAGCCACAUCCAUCGAAUUCCUGGGCAUUAAAUUGGACACAAUCAACUUCCAGGCCUCACUACCCAAGGAAAAAAUCGACAGGAUUAUUCUGGUCGCAUCCACCCUUCUAGAAAAUCCAAAUUGCUCUAAACGAGAGCUUCUAUCUCUGCUCGACCAUUUAAACUUUGCGAUGCGCAUUAUCCCACAAGGUCGCCCUUUCAUCUCACAUCUCCUCUUCCUUGCAUCAUCAGUUCACGAGCUAGAGGACCAAAUCUCCCUAACUACUUCAUGUAGCAACGAGCUCAGUUUAUGGAUAACAUUCCUUAAACAAUGGAACGGCCUGUCUUUUUUCUAUAAUAAUCUGAUUUCUCUCCCUACGGAUAUCCAACUGUUCACAGAUGCAGCUCCUUCCGUUGGUUUCGGAGGUUUCUACCAAGGUCGUUGGUUCGCGUCUACAUGGCCAGCCCAGUUCAACCAGCCUUUUCCCAGUUUUUCUCUGCUCAACAUCACUUCAUUUAUAUCCUAUCUGGACAGCACCAAGAACCUCAAAGCCCGCUCCAUCAAGGGCUAUCUAAGCGGAAUCCAAUUCUUCCACAAACUCCUUUUUGGUUCACCCUCCGCAGACAUAGCAAAUUCCCAGACAUCAAUGCUUAUCAAAGGCAUCCAAAAAACCCAACCAACCCGUCCAGAUGCCAGACAACCAAUAACCUUGGACAUACUCACCAAAUGUAUCUCUACCCUCCGCCGAGGCUACCACUCCACCAACACCGCCCGCACACUGGAUGCCAUGUUCAUAUUGGCUUUCUUCGGUUUCCUCAGAUGCUCAGAACUCACCAUCACUUCCAACUUCAACCCUAAAGUCCAUCCCACAAUCUCAGAUCUUUCAGUAUUAGACAACAAAACCAUUUCUUACUUCAUCAAACAAAGCAAGACAGACCAAAUGAAAAAAGGCCACUUCAUAUACAUCUUCAAUCUCCAAUCACCAAUCCAACCAUACCAAACUCUCUUCGCGUACUCACAAUUCAGAAACUCUCAGACCAAGUCCCCUUCCGACCCACUCUUCACCGACGAAUUCAAUCGCCCCGUUACACGUUUCUGGUUCCAAAAACAUCUCAAAUCCAUCUUACUCCAAGCAAACAUCCCAGCAAAUAAUUUUUCCAGCCAUUCAUUCCGCAUAGGUGCAGCAACCACAGCUGCCCAAAAAGCCCUUUCCCAGCAGCAAAUCCAAGAGCUCGGCCGCUGGUCGUCGGAGGCCUUUAAGAGUUACAUCCGUUCUAACCACCUCCAUACCAAAGAAGCCCAACGAUCCCUACUCAGCUAA